UACUUCCCAGAAAAAAAUGGCGGCCUCCAUGAAGUUUGUUUUUGGAAAUGCAAGAGAUGCUUUUACCAAGAAACUUGAUUCUUGGGAAGGCAGUCAUGAUUUGAAAGAAAUAUUUCAGUCAAUCAGUGGAAGUGAAUCAGAAAAAAAGCUCGCUGUUGAUCAAGCUCUUCGCGAUGUUAUAAAGGAAGCUAUUGAAAAGACAGAUGAUUGUGAAGCAUACAAAAAAGUGAUUAUACAGUCCAUAGACCUGGCAAAUGAUGACCUGUGUUCGGUGAUCAUGCCUUUUCUCCUUCUAUCUGAUGUUUUUGACCUUAUUCCUCUGAGUCAGUGUGAGAUUGUGUUUUAUGUAGUGGAGGAAAAUCUACCCGUGUGGAAAUCGGCAUUGUUUUAUGAUGCAGGGAAAAACUUCCUCUUAAGAAUGUGCAAUGAUCUACUGAGAAGAUUAAGUAAAUCACAGAAUACUGUGUUCUGUGGCAGAAUUCAGCUGUUUCUCUCUAGACUGUUUCCACUCUCAGAAAAAUCAGCCCUGAAUCUCAUGAGUCAGUUCAACCUAGAAAAUGUCACAAUUUACUCUACAAAGUCAGAUGAAAUCAAGCUUAAAGUGCGUGAGGUUGCUGACGAUGUUAUGGAGGUUGAAGAAGGAGAAAUGGAGGAUCUAUCGGGGUCAACCCCUAUAGAUUACAACUUGUAUAGGAGGUUCUGGGCACUUCAGGAUUACUUUAGAAAACCGUCUCAGUGCUAUGAAAAAGUUCCAUGGAAAGCAUUUCAACAGAAUGCUGAUGUGGUACUGAAUGCAUUUGCCAGUUCUAAAUUGGAUGACAUGAAAUCUUCGAGAAGGAAACUUGAUUUACCUCGCCCAGCAGAUACAAAAGCCUUCUUUGCCAAGUAUUUGACGAGUGAAAAGUUGAUGGACUUGCAACUGAAUGAUAGUAACUUCAGGAGAUAUGUACUUGUUCAGUUCCUCAUUAUUUUCCAGUAUUUGAGUUCACAAGUUAAAUUCAAGAGUCCCAGUCAAACUCUAACAGAUGACCAAAGUCAGUGGGUCAGAACAACUCAGGAUAAAGUAUACCAGCUUAUCAGGGAAACUCCUCCAGAUGGGGAAAAGUUCUGUAAAACAGUUCAGCACAUCUUAGGACGAGAGGAACAUUGGAAUAAAUGGAAAAAUGAGGGAUGUCCCGACUUUGCAAGAAAACCAGAACUAGAUGAAAAAAAGGUCAAGUCCAGAGCUAAGAGACGGUGGGUAGGAGAUGACCUACAAGCUCAAGGAGGAAAAAUUAUUAAAAUGGGGAGUGCUGAACUCACUCGAUUAUGGAAUUUGAAUCCUGAUAACUUAGAGGCUUGCAAAGCAGAGAAAAGGGUAUUUUUACCUUCGCUUGAGGACUUUUUCUCAGAGGCCAUGGAACAAGCAGACCCUGAGGCCCAAUUUGAAGAGCAAUACAAAAUGGUAAAUAAUCCUGUGUUCCAGUGGAAGUCUCUACGACUUCUGGCCAGACGAAGUCCGCAUUUCUUUGGUCACAAUAACACCCCAGCCAUGCCACUUCCUCAGUACUUAGAACUCAUGCUUAACAAAAUAGCACAAGAGCUACCCUCCACUGACACUAAUGGAGAAGUAGCACAGGAACCAAGCAAUGAGGAAAUGAGGACAGAGCUUGGUGAGGAUGAGGCUAUAAAAGAGGCACAAGAUGGUGAGGAGGAGGAACUGAAAGAGCAGGCAGAAGAACAAGGUCGAGAGGAUAUGCCAGAAGAUAUUCUUUCAAAGGAACAGAUAGACCUCAUUGCUGAGAAACUGGGUGGGGACUGGAAAAAGCUGGGCACAGAGCUAAACUUUCCUGAGGAUGAUAUGACUUAUUUUGAGAGUGAAAACAGUGAAGAAACUGCAUGUGCGAAAAAGAUGUUGACAAUUUGGCAGGAAAAUGAAAGUGAGAGAGCAACAAUGGGCACAUUGAAGAUUGCCCUGAAGGAAGUGGGGCUGACAGAAGUGAUCGAUGCUGUGUUUGGAUCCUCUUGAAUCAUACAAGCAACACAAGAGGGUCAGGAACUAUGGCCAAAAACUCUGUUAACUAGCAAUCCAAAUGUAAAAUUGGGAUUGUCUGAGUUUUCAUCAAUGGAAGGAUAUGGAUUCUAGGGUUACCAUGCUGAGUUCAUUAACUAAAAAAUGUGUGCUAGCAUUAUUACAUGGAAAAUCUGUUUAGUAUCAUGUACUGUUCAUAUGUUUCUCAUUAUAAAUAUGUAUUAAACUCAAAUAGUGACAAUUAAGAUUACCAUUUGAUGAAGAUA